AGCGAGGGCGCUCGCGCGCGACCCCACGCGGGCAGCGUGCGCGCCAGUGCUGGCGCAGACGGCGCCGUUGCCGUUGCACACGUCCGGGCGGUGCCGGGGGAGGCGCAGCGCGGAGGGGCAGAGCGCGGGAGGCCGGAGGAGCGGCGCCCACUCCUCCCUGCUCGCCGGUACCGGGUGCCCUCCUGCCCCCGCCCCCACCACCAGGCGGCAGUGGGCACAGGACGGGCGGCCGCCUGCUAUUUCCCACAGGCCUGCCGCGCAGGCGCAGUCAUCGACGCUCCCCGUCGCGAUGCUGUCAUGGCACUGA